AUGCAGAAGCGUCUUUUUGCAGUCGGACCCCGCGCAGUCCAAUCAUCUGCGCCGACGCUUCGUCGCCGUCUUCUUUCACUUGACCAAAUUCGCCUCACAACCCAACACUGUUCCCAUGGGUUUGCCAGCAUAUCUUCUGUCUCCACCCGCACCUGGGUGUCCGCCAUCGCACAGCAGCCUUUGCCCACAGGACUACAGCUCAAGUCAUCGCUGGGCAAGUGCUAUGUCGUUGACAAAGUGCUUUCCGAGCGACAUGCCGCUGGAAGGAUUUGGUAUGUGUACCGCGCGACACACCAUGGGAAGCAGUUCAUUCUCAAAGAUAUCAUCACCGGCGACUUCGACUAUGUUAUUUCGCUACACAAGCACGUCGAGCACUCUCCGCAUCGGCAUAUUCUCGUCUGCCCCCAUCUCGAGAAGGGACUGCUCCGUAUCAACAUCGCAGCUCUUUCUUCCGCCGCCAAAAAGGCCAUGAUAAGGGAUGCUCUCGCCAGCCUCGCUGAUCUGCACGACAAGAACAUCAUCCACACCAAUAUCAAAUCCACAAACAUCAUGAUGGAUUCUUUCAAACAGUCCAAUGGCGACCUUGGAUGGUGCAAUGUCCAGGUCACCGACCUGGACGCUGCCGUGAUCCUCCCGCCCAAGGCCAAGGGCCUCGCAGACCGCCUGUCGGAGAAUCACUUCUGGAGAAGCCCGGAGGCUUGGGUAAGGGGAACCCAGAACACUCCAUCCGACGUCUACUCCUUCGCCAUCGUGAACCAGGCCGAGUCAAUACUCCGGCGCCACCUGUCCUUCUUCGCCAGCGAGAUGGAGGAUUUCGAGGGCUUUAUUGUUUAUCACGGAGAAGACGGUAAUCCCCCGAGGCUGCCCUUUGGGAGGUGGCAGCAGGUGGAGCCCAAGUUCAUGGAUCUCAUCUCCACGGUGACCUGCAUGGGCCCUUCGCGGAGGAUCACGGCGCGGGAGGCGUUGCAGCAUCCUUGGGUUGCUCAAGACUAA